CUACAGUGAUGGAGGUAUCGGACGCGUCUGAGGCCGAGGCUUUGUAAUUGUUUCUGUGUAGUCCGUGUGUGAGCUGCCUGUAAUUUUUCUACUCAGAGGAGGCCGCUAUGGCAUUUUUUGCCCAACCUUCUAUCCUUGAGCUGUCAGAUGACGUCCUCCUACUCAUAUUCUCCUAUUUGAAGUCGUGGGAUCUGCUUACUUUGUCACAAACAUGUGAACGUUUCAACAAAGUGGCAAGUGACAAGUCAUUGUGGAUUGAUGUAAACUUCAGUGAAGGAUGUUUAUCAUUACAGCAACUUAGGCGAUGCCAUGUGUUUUUACGCCCAACUACACGCCGUUUAAUUCUGCGAGGUCAUAAGAAGAAAUAUGCAGGGACUCCAAAAUGGAAGACUCCUCUUAUAAGUGCUGGCCUUUUAAAGUUGAUUGGAGAAAGAUGCCCUAAUCUUGAGGAAUUAACAUUAAGUGAAGCAUAUAUUGAUGCCAACAAACUUAAAGUGACCGAUUUUAUGCCUGUCCAGUCUCUUAAUAAAUUUUGUCUGAUUGACUGUGAGUUUGUGAAUUUGCCAUCACCAUUAAGAGAUGGGUCAUAUUUCAAAAGAACACACAAAAUUCUUCCUAGAUUAGAAUGUUUGAAAAUUAUCAAGUGCACUUGGGUAGAUGACUAUGAUGUCAUGGUGCUUAGUAAAGUUGACUCUUUAAAGAAAUUGGUACUAAGAAAUUUGCCAAAGGUAGGAAGAGCUAUGGCAUACAUUGCACUUGGCUUUCGAUUUGGUUUCCAAAAUUUAGAGGAAUUAGAUAUGAGAGGGACUAGCUUGGAAGACAAUGAAGUUAUAUCAAUUGUGAGGAAUGGAAAACUCAAGUCCCUCUAUUUAGGUCCAAUGGGACCCAUUAAACGCUUGCCAGAAGAGCCCCCAGGAGGACACAACCUUAUUAUGCCAGAUCCUCGGUGGCAGGAAGAAAGGCAGCAAGUUGUAGUUAUCAAUGUUGGACCAAAUGGGCCUCAGUGGCGACAGGUAAAUGAUGAGGAACUGGAUGGAAUGGGUCUUCAGUGGGUGAGAAAUGCACCUGUUGUCCAACACCACCAAGAAGACGAGGAAGAUGAAGACAGACACUAUUUCAUUGGUAAGGAUGGAAGGCCAGUUGAAGCAGAAGAAAAUGAUGAUGAUGAGGAGGAGGAGGAGGAGGAGGAAGGUGGGGAAGAUGAUGAGGAAGGUAAUGUUGCAAUGAAAGAAAAAGCUGAAAAAAGACAACAUAAAUCUUUUGGAGGUGAGACAGCAACUGGACAGCAAGGAAAAGUGCAGGACAGCUCAAGUGAAACAGAUGAAGACGAAGAAAAGAAAGGUGAUUCAUUAAAAAACAAUCAGCAUAAAGAAGAUGAAGGUAAAAAGGAUGCAGAUGAUCAUGAAAAUAGUGAACAGUCAGAAGAUGAUGACCCUGAUAAUGAUUUGCAACAAGUCCGUGAUGAAUGUUUGUCUGAUAAGUUAGUCCUUGCAUUUGGCCAAGCAACUGAACACCUGCAUACUUUGGUAGUUUCUGGAUGUGCUAUCUCUAACUAUGGCUUACAGGAGAUAAUUCGGUUGGUUCCAUCACUACGGCUGCUUGAUGUAACCAACACAAAUGUAACUAGUGGUGCUGUCCAAGAGGCAAGAGUUGCCCGACCUGACUGUGUAAUAUUGGGUGGUGGGACGAGAGUAGUGCGCCAGCAGAAUGACAGAUGAUGUUGAUUGGGACAUAUUUACAUGAAUAUGAGAAUAUUCUGUUCUGUUGUAUAAUAUGGAAAUUAAUACUGUAUUGCCUUUGAUCCAGGUAUUUAAGCCUAGUGUGUGCUUAGUAAAUAUACAAGUACAAUAUGGCACAAGAGCUUACUACUGUAGUAAGAUAGGUAAUACUGUACUGUACAAAGUGCAGUUGCUGGAUACAACAAUACCUCAGGUAUUCAAAACACAAUGAGGAUGUUGAUUAACUGAAAUUAUCAGUACUGUAUUGAUAUUUGUUAUUUAUAUGUAUUUUUUAAAGUAUGCAUACUGUAUAUGUGUAUAAAUAAUACAUUUAUGAUGACAUCAGUGAUUAACAUAGAUAUUAUAUUAUUGUUUUAGAUAAUGCAGGCACUUUCUAAGGAGAACUGAUGUUUUUUAAUGUAUUGUGUUGAACAUUCACUGGAUUUACAAGACAACUGAAGGCUGUAAUAUAUCUGUGACUAGUUUUGAGAGUUUUUCUACUCUCACAGUCUAACCUAAAGCCUGACUUUCCUGGUGACUGCCUACUCAGUCAGACAUUUGCUGCUCAUGGCCUGUAGGCUCAGAGAGCCAUCACAAUCUGACUGAUCAGGCUUUGGAACUUGUUUAGUUCCUUAUUGAAGACCUAUGUUCAUACAUUAUCUUUUGCUUAGCAUAGUGAAUGGAAUCACUUCUGGAUAUGUUAAUUAGUUGGUAUUGGUAGUCAUAUUAAUACAUUUUCUGAAAAAUUUGCAUUUUAAUACAGUUCAGUUUUUAAUUAAGAAUUUUAAAUAAUACUUACUUUUGUGUUUAUAUCAAAAUAGUAUAUAUAUUUUUUAGCUAGUUAUUGGUGUAUUAAUUCAAUGCUUAUUGCUCUAGUAACUAAAUUAUCAUAGUCUCAUAUAUUGCUUGUACUGUACAGUGAAUAGAUCAGAGUAGCAGUGUUCCUAAUUGGUCAGACUUAUUUGACAAAUAUAUUUGAAACAUCUUGAAUUUCUUACGUGGUGAUUAUAGGAGAAUUGCUUCUAAAAAAAGUCUCAAAUUCCCUCCUUCAUGCAAAUGUUUUUUUCUUCCUAAAACAGUUUACUGGUAGCUUAUAAAUUACUACUAAAAUUUGUUGAAGAGAAAACUUGCACAACGUAUGGAAUCUGUUUUUUUUUUUUUCUUCUUCUUAUUUUUACCUCUGCCCGCAAAAUAUUUUACUUUUUCAUGUACAGUAUGUAUAUCAUGCAUUACUGUAGCUAACUGUAGUUUUAGAGACAGUAGAACAUUUAAAAAUGAAGUAGCUGUACUGAAUAUUAUCUUGAAAUACCGUAUAUAAAUACAUUCAGAAGACUGGCACCCGGACAUGUUUAUUGUGUCUGCCUACCUCUGAAAAUUACAGGUUUAAUGCAAAUUCUCCCCAUGAAAUUUUAACUAAAACUCACGAGCAUUA